GGCGGUCGCUGCCAAAGGGGAAGUGAAUUGGGGCUGGAGCGAUGGCCCGGGUCUGGAGACCGCGGCCGCCGCCCCCGCUGCCGCCGCCGCCACCAGCGAGUCGGGAACAGGUGCGGCCGCAGCCGGAGCGGGGGCCGGAGUCGCGGCUGGAGUGGAGGCGGCGCGUGUGAGUUGCCGAGAGUCGCCCGUGCCGGAACACCUCAAACUCUGGGUGGGAGCGCUUCAGGUGGGCUGAGCCGCCGUCGCCUCUCCUCACCGCGCCCCCAGGCCCAGACAGCAGAGCUGGGGUCUCCCCAGGCGCGGGAUUGGCUCCUCUCAGGCCGAGCCCUCCAGGCCGGGCUCUGGGUCUUCCUCGGCCUCUGGCUUCCUUCAAACUCAGGACGGAGGCCGGAGGACGGUGAUCAUCUCAGACUCGGGCAUUUUCUCUGUCGGGGUUGUAGCGGCUGGGAGCCCCCUCCUGCUGCCAGCUAGGGAGGGAACAGCGCCUUCCCACCGUCUCGCUCUGCAUCUCCCCCUCUCCUUCCAUUGAAGAACAAGUUUCUUUUUUUCUCUCCAUUGGAAAUUCUACCCCGGAAGUCCAAAACACCCAUCUGUGUUCUUCCCCAGCUCCUGGAGCACCCUUAGAAAUACUAUCUACUGACCAGGGCUGAGAAUCUCUUGACUUGACUUUUUAAUCCUCUUUGGGAGACAAAGGUUCCCACCUCCUCCAUGUCCAACACCCGCUUCGGUAACUGACAGUGCAUGCCUAGGGCUUUAUCCAUUUGGAUCACCAGCUCCCUGGCCAUCUUUAUGUGACUUCCCCCACCUAUCUGAGUUACAGUUUCCUCUGGGCUCCGAUCUCCAGCCCCCAGCGGAUCUGGUCAGUCCCACUCCUGGGUGGGACUGACCAGAGGGGCUCUGGCCCAGGAUUCCUCACCCUGGAAGGCGGCUCCAAGGCCUCGAGAGAACUGGGCGUCGGGUACGAACCUGGCAGCUCAGGAGUGGGUGCUCCACUUACCCCACACAAGAAGAUGAAAAAGCGCAAAGAGCUCAAUGCACUGAUCGGCUUGGCUGGGGACAGCCGGAGAAAGAAGCCCAAGAAAGGCUCAGGCCACCGCCUGCUUCGCACCGAGCCUCCUGACUCAGACUCUGAGUCCAGCUCAGAGGAGGAAGAGGAAUUUGGUGUAGCUGGAAAUCGCUCUCGCUUUGUCAAGGGAGACUAUUUACGAUGCUGCAAGAUCUGUUAUCCCCUCUGUGCUUUUGUCAUCCUUGCCGCCUGUGUCGUGGCCUGCGUUGGCUUGGUGUGGAUGCAAGUUGCUCUGAAGGAGGAUCUGGAUGCCCUCAAGGAAAAAUUUAGAACAAUGGAAUCUAAUCAGAAAAGCUCAUUCCAAGAAAUACCCAAACUUAACGAAGAACUACUCAGCAAACAAAAACAACUUGAGAAGAUUGAAUCUGGAGAGCUGGGAUUGAACAAAGUCUGGAUAAACAUCACAGAAAUGAAUAAGCAGAUUUCUCUGCUGACUUCUGCAGUAAACCACCUCAAAGCCAAUGUCAAGUCAGCUGCAGACUUAAUUAGCCUGCCUGCCACUGUAGAGGGACUUCAGAAGAGUGUAGCUUCCAUUGGCAAUACUUUAAACAGCGUCCAUCUUGCUGUGGAGGCAAUACAGAAGACUGUGGACGAACACAAGAAAACCAUGGAGUUACUGCAGAGUGAUAUGAAUCAGCACGCCUUAAAGGAAACCAGUGGAAGCAACCAGAUCAUUCCAUCACCUUCAGCUACAUCUGAACUUGACAGUAAAACCCACAGUGAGAAUUUGAAACAGGAUAUCCUGUACCUCCACAACUUUUUAGAGGAGGUAAACAGUGCCCUAGUGGGGUACCAGAGAGAGAAUGAUCUUAAACUCGAGGGGAUGAAUGAGACAGUCAGUAAUCUUACCCAGAGAGUCAACUUGAUAGAAAGAGAUCUGGUUGCUAUGAGCAAGGUAGAAAAGCGAGCGAACCUGUCCUUCAGCAUGAUGAAUGAUAGAGCUGCCACUCUGAAGAGAGAGUCUUUGCAUCAAGUGACCAACAGAACAGAGUCAGUAAAAUCCCAGAGCAUAAAGAAAGAAGAUAGUUCAGAUUCUCAGGUAUACAAGCUCAGAGAGAAACUGCAGCUGAUCAGUGCUCUCACAAGCAAACCUGAGAGCAGCAGGCCUCCAGAGACUGCCGAUGAAGAGCAAGUUCAGAGUUUCACAUCAAAGCCAUCAGCAUUGCCAAAAUUCCCACGGUCUCUUGGAGGCCAGAUUGAGAAAGCUGCCCAGCUAAGGCCUGUCUCCCUACCAGGAAUUUCUAGCAUCGAAGAUCUUCAGGAUUUAUUCCGUAAGACUGGGCAGGAUGUGGAUGGGAAGCUGACCUACCAGGAAAUCUGGGACUCCUUACAUUCUGCUGUGCCAGAACCAGAGCGUUUGAGGGAGUUUGAUUCUGAUGGAGAUGGAAGAUACUCAUUCCUGGAGCUAAGAGUAGCUUUAGGUGUCUAGCCUCAUCAGGCUUAUUUUAGAAAUGGAUGUAUGCCCUGGACUACCUAAUAUCUACUUAGCUAACAAAAACAACCCUUCUACCUACCCAUCAAUCCUCCAGUCCUCCAAACUACAGUAGCAGACAUAUUGCCACCUUUUAACUUGUUUGAAAAAGCUAUGUAAAAGUUAUUUUUUUAAAAAAGACCAUUUUACUUAUAAUAUGAUACUCAGAAAUCUAUGAUUUCCUUAAACCAGUAGGAUCUUAAUUUUAAAAUUGCCAGAAAAAAAGUCAAGCCCUCUUUUUUUCUCUUUCCUUUUUUUUUGAGGGGAGGAGACCUUAUCUUUUAAAACUGGAAAAUGUGUAUAUAGAGAGAAUAAGCCACCUUUUAUAUUUCGCAUAAAUUUGCCUUAAAUUAGCUGCACUUUAUACAGACUCAGAAAAUGUCUUUCCUUUAACAGAUAGACCUUUUCUGUUUGUAAAUAUUUAAAAUGAAAGAAAGAGUUGUGCAUAUUUUGUGGGAAGUAGGAAGAAUGGUUUGAAACAGGACGUGAACAAAUGACUUGCUGUUAAAAAUUGCUAAUCUGAUCUGGUAGCAGCUGGAAGCUGUGUCCCCAUCUCCUUAAGACAUCCUCUCUGGGUGCUGCCAUGGGGAUUGGCCUGGUGCUGGGGGAGUAGAUUUAGGGAGUGGACACUGUGGGGACGGUGCUGCCUCCAGGCUCAGGAUUCUGGCUCUUUGGUCUAUCCUCUCAGCUCCUCCCAACCUGUGAACCAGCGAAGUCUUGUUGGGGAUUUUCUCUCUUUUAAUCCUGUUUCAGGGUUUAUGAGCAUAAAAAGUUAUCCAGUGGGAGCUACAUUUCCUCCCUGAGUGAACUAGAUUAUCUUCCCCCACGCAUCCACUCAAGUCUACCUUUAAGCCGUAACUGACUUUCACCUCUGAUACUGUCUCCAUUCUGAAUGGCAGGGCUGCAGUCCCUCGGCCACUGUCUCAGCCUGGCUACUCAGGAACUAUAGAGGAAAGCUCUGCCUCUAAUUUUGAUCCAGGAAACUUCUUGAGAUUUUACCUGGGGCCUAACCAAGAACCUAAUAUGUUCUUCUGUGGGCUGACUAAGGCCAAAAAGGUGGUGAAAUGAAACACCUGAAAUCAUAUUAGGUUUCCUUACAGUUACAGCUCAGAAAUAGCUAGAGGCUUUCUGUCCGGAGGAUGCCAAACAUGGCAGGCAGGCCUAGGGCGGGGGCUUCACGUGAUGGCAGCAAAUCUAAUACAAGCAAGUGCAGUACUUCUCCCAUUAAAUACUUCUGUAGCCCUGCUACUAAAGGUCCCUGAACUGGAAGGAAUUAUUCCUCCAUGUCACCACUGUGUGUGCUGUGUUGAUCUUAGAAGCAAUCUUCAGGCAACACAAAAGGAAAACUCUGCAAAACUUAACUGUGCUGUAGGCCAAGUCAGGGAGAAACUAGAGAAGCUUUCAGACAUCUUUAGUAAACCUUGUUUCCAUUUUAACUUUGUCCAAGUUGCCCUGUUAGCCAUGGAUGCAGUGGAGCACCCUUAAAUAUUUAAGGGAUGUUUUUUUUUCUUUAUAUGAUGUUCAGCUCGGUGUUGGCUAACCUUGGUUUUUUUCCCUAGAGAUAUUAAAAUUUAGUUAAAGUGGGAUGAAGUCUUUUCCCGUGAAUGUGUCUGCUUACCUCAUUAUGGCUUAUGCUUCUCGCUCUAUUUCUCUCUCUCAAACAAUUCCUUUGCCUACCUAUGCUAUUUUACUUUCUUGGAAAGGUUUAAAUAUAGUAUAAAAUUAGCCUGGCACUUUAGGUAACUUGAAGAUAACUUACUCUUCUGGCUGCCUUUCAUGCCCCCCCCUUUUUAAUAUAUAUACCCUUGCAGAUUUUGUAACAACCAAAUAAAAUUCUAGCAAUAAAUUGAA